CACUUAGUACGACGCAGCAUUCCCAUAGCCCCUUCAGUACAAUCUCUUUCUUCGCCUUCACACGUUUGGGAAGAAGCCGCCAUUGCUUCCCUCCUCCUCCUUUAGCUACUCCUGAAAGCCAUCACUGUCUCUUACUCUUCUCAAAUUCCUCCAUAACCCCUCUCUUACUCUCUGUGAAUAUCCUCGCAGCUCGCGAUUAGGGUUUAUUUCGUCGCUGCCGGCUUUUGUCGCAUUCAUCGCUGGAUGUCAAACGUCUAUGCUUCUUCAACUAUUGCUACUUCUUGUUCGAUUUAUAAUUAGUUUAAGCCGAUCUCCAGUUUAUGGAGAUGGAGGCCUCUCGCAGAUCUGUGUUGGACCGGUCGCGGGAGCCGGGCGCGAAGAAACCUAGACUGACAGAGGAGAGCGAGCGGGAUCGGGGACCUUCCGCCGGCGUUACAUCCGAUCGCAGCCGUACUUAUGCGCAGUCCAGGCCUGCAGCCGGCGGCAGCGGAGGAAACCCGAGAUUUAGGGCGAGCGAGAGGGAGGAGAGGGAGGAAGUGGGGAGAGGGGGAGCGCCUUAUCAGCAGCAGCAGGAGCUAGUGGCGCAGUACAGGACGGCACUCGCGGAGCUGACGUUUAAUUCGAAGCCUAUUAUCACGAAUCUUACGAUCAUUGCCGGGGAGAGCCUCCAUGUUGCUAAGUCUAUUGCUGCCACUGUCUGUGACAAUGUUCUUGAGGU